AGGAAGGGAAAAGGUCUCCAAACUGCCCUAUGUCCUGUUCUCCUUCUCUUUCCCUUUCAUUGCAGAAUCUGUAUAACUGUGAGAGGGAUGCUGGUUGGGGGAAUGAACAGCUGACAGAGAUGCUGAUGCAAAUAGUCGGGUAGUAAUUGACAGCAGUAGCCAAAUUCUUAGAGUGUGACCGCGAGCCUGCAAGUAUCACAGUGUGGUACUUGAUAAACUCCUGCCAGCUUCUCUCAACUGAGGGCAAAUCAGAGAAGACGUUCAACUUUUAAGUUUAUGAAUCUCUGGCUUCUGACCAGGAUACUCUGGCCUUUUAACUUUGAGCUGUAAAAAUAUGCACAGAAAGCUCUGAAGAGGAAAACUGGUCUUUGAAUCACCUGCUUCCUCCAGGUGUGUGAAAAGGAGUGAUUUCAAGUUUAGUAAAGACAAGGAAACCAGAGGGUGUGUGUCAAAGUUGAUGAUUGAUUUCUGAAACUUGUUGCAGAAUGGUGGUUUCUGUUGUCCGUGCUACAGUUCUAUUGAUGGAGAGUGGGCAGCUGCCUGCAGUUGGAGGGCUGAAUCAGGUCCUCUGAGCUGCUCCAGGGCCGCCUCCUUCCAGCUGGGCCAUCUUACCUGGACUGUCUAGGGUGGCAGGCUGUCCAAAGCUCCAGUGGAGAAGGAGGCCCUAUAGAUGGGAGGCUGGCAGUGUGAGGUGGAGGCCAUGCUCCCUCUGCGGGAGGACAGCCGGGAAGAGGGCAUCUGCCCCAUCUGCCAGGAGUGCCUGAAGGAGGCGGUGCGCACUGACUGCAGACACCUCUUCUGUCGAGCAUGCCUGGCCCAGCACCUGGAGAAGGCCUCAGCCUCCGGGGUCCUCAGCUGCCCCCUCUGCCGGAAGCCCUGUUCCGAGGGGGUCCUGGGGGCUGGCUAUACCUGCGACAGCCACCAGAAGAAGGUGUGCUGGUUCUGUGAGGAGAGCAGAUGUCUUCUGUGUGUGGAAUGCCGGGUGUCCCCUGAACACAAGUCUCACUGUGAACUGGCCAUUGAAAAUGCCAUCAGCCACUACAAGGAACGACUCAACCGCAGGAUCAGGAAGCUCAGAAAGGACAUCUGCGAGCUCCAGCGGCUCAGGGCUCAGGAGGAGGAGAGACUGCAGGCUAUGCAGUUUCAGGCAGACUGUAGGACCCACAGGCUGGAGGCUGAACUGGAGCGUCAAGACCGAGCCAGGAGACAGCUGGAUGCCCUCCCUCAGCAGCGGCCAGGCCAGCUGGAGGACAUGCCAGCAGAGGUGUCCAGAAUCCCUGGCAUCUCCAGGGCAAUGAUUCAACUCAGCAGCCUGGUCACUGAACUGGAGGGGAUGGCUAAGAAACUGGAUGCCAGCCUGCUGAAGGACGCCAGUGACUUAUUGAACAGGAGUGCUCCAGAGCAGUUAGAGGUUAUUUAUCCCAACUUAGAGAAAAGAAUCAAUGAAUCACUUAACCAGUCAUCCUCAGCAGCUCUGACCAGUUCAUCCCUGGACCAGCUCCUCUCAGACUCACCUCAGCCUCCUGGCUCUCCUUCCCCCAACCUGUCCAGCCUCCCACUAGGUCUGCCCAGUGCACCCUCAGGCCUGCCACCUCCUGAACAUGCCACAGCUGUGAUCAGAUGCCUGACCCUCUGAUACCAGGACAAUAGUCACAGCCUCUCUCCUGAACCAUGCUCCCACUGCAGAAGUCAGGAUUCAAGACCUCCUUUUUGCCUGUGAACUGACGGUAGCACCCAUCUCUCACCAUCUCAUAUUAAAAUGGGAGUACCUGGAUGGCAUGAGUUCACAGUGCUGAGGCCACCUCUGCCUAUGGAGCUGGCACGUCUGUUGGCAGAAAUAUUCCUUUUGACCUCCUGUAGCACCUGUUGUCUGUACAACGCACCUGGAGCUUACAUUACUUUUGUGGUGGACAGACUCUACAGGGACCUCCCAUGAUGCUCCCCUCGUGGUGUUCAUGCCUUUGUAUGAUCCCCUCUCUUUGAAGGUGAGCAGAACCUGUGACUUGCUUCUAAUCAAUGGAAUAUGGCAAAGGGGAUGGGCUGUCCCUUCGCAGACUGUAUUACGUGGAUGGGAGGCCUCCUUGCUAACACGCUCACUCUUGAAACUCUCCUUGCUGGAUUCAUGACGUGGGUAGUCCUGUGGCCAGCAGGCAGCCUCUAGGAGCUGAGAGCAGCCUCCAGCCUUCAGCCAACAAGAAGCAGAGGCCCUCAGUCUUGCAGCUGCAAGAGAAUUAAUUCUGCCAACUGCCUAAGUGAACUUGGAAAUGGGCUUUUCCCCAGUCGAGCCUCAAGAGGAGAACCCAGCCCAACUGACAUCUUGAUUGCAGCCUUGUGAGACCCUAAGCAGAGAACCCAAAUUUCUGACCCACAGAAAC